UUUACGCGUCUCAACUCAGCUCGACAUAAACCUAGUCAUAAACCUAGUCACUGCAGAAAUCGUCGGACAGGUCGAAAUCUCGAACUGAACCUGGUUGAGAUUGAUAUUGCAAAAACCAUCACCAGCAGUAUCAACAGCCAGCUAAGAUGGACGAGUGGCAACCACCCCUCCCGGAGGGGUACGAUCACACGAAUCGCGCGUUCCUGCAAGCACUCAUGAGCCGGGGGACGAUGACGCUUGCCGACGGCCAGCAAAUCAUAGCAGCGAUAGUCGGCGCCAGUGCCGGUGGCAGCAGGAACCCGGUCGAUCCUGCCUCCGUCACCCAGGGAGAUCUCGACGAGUACAUACACGCAGCCCGCGAGGCCCUGGCGCCGCUUGACUACGACAUCCGCCGCACGCAGCACCAGAAGACCAAGGAGUGGGUGUACGCCCUCAUCAACGUGCACAGCGACCCGGCGACGCAGUUGGCGACCACCCACACGCCCGACGAGAUCUCCUUCAUCAAGCGCCUGCUCGAUGCCAUGUUCGACACUUACAACACCCCGCGCAUGGAGGUCCUGGCCGUCGACGAGAGCCAGGCCCUGAAGGCUUCCCGUCCAUCGCGGCCCGGUCGUGAGAGCAACGUGGGCGCUAAUGGCGCGAGCGGCGAGGACUCACAAUCGGCCGCGAAGGAUAGGGGAUUAAGGCAUUCCGAGGUGCUGACAUUGCUCAAGAGCCUGGUGGCCGAGGGCUGGCUUGAGAAGAGCAGGGAUGGAUUCUACAGUUUGAGCACACGGUCUCUGCUAGAGCUGUGGCCGUGGCUCAUGGCGACAUACAACGAUGCAGACUCGGAGGACGACUGGCAGCGCAUCAAGUUCUGCGAAGGCUGCAAGGAGAUAGUGACAGUGGGGCAGCGAUGCGCCGACCGGGACUGCGUCGCCCGGAUACACGACAUCUGUCACGACCAGGUGUGGCCGUCGCGGGCGAAUAAGAAGUGUCCCAAGUGCGAGAAGCCGUGGGACGCAAAUCGCUUCGUGGGCGAGAGGGCAGUGACAUCAACCAAGGCAUACCAAAAAGGUCGAAGUCGGGGCAGUGGCAGGAGAAGUAACCUUACUGAGGCCAUUAUUGCCCAAGAAGAGGCUGGUGGGGAGGACGAGGGCGAAAUGGAGGCAUGACGCUCCAGUACUUCAGUACAUACAUACCUUGUAGUUUCAAGGUGUCUGGGUGUCUGGCUACGAUUGGAGUACGGAUGUAAGAAACUAAAAAUGUACUGGAUACUGGCGGAGAAAAUGGAAAGAUACCCUGGUUUUGCCGCUUUUUGGCUGUUUCUUAGGUACCCAAGUACCUAACCUAGCCUGGGGUUGGGGGCUUUGAGAUCGACCAAUAGAUAUAGUUCCGGUGACAUCAUUGCCGUGGCGGCGAUGCGCGGCCAGAACACCCAAUGCAAUCAUCCAU